UCGUCCGUAUCUAUUUUCAUUCCUGUUCAUCGAAAAUUAAAACGAUACUCGAAUAUUAAAAUUACGAAACGCUCCCGCGUGACCUUACUUUGUGUGAUAGUGGCCAAGAAAAAUUGAAAGUGUUUUUGCUCGAUUUUUCGACGUCCCAGUUCAAUAGUUUUUGUGUUGUGUCUUGUGAAAGGAUUUUUUUCUUCUCACCAUACCAGGGUUACUGGGAUUCAUUCCAGGAAGCGUGCACUACUCAAUGUUUUCUUCCACACCUCUCUCGUACUUCCAAGUAACCGGAUUGGGUGCUGGAAAUUAGCAGCCUAAAUCACAAAAGACAGUAUUAGUUGGUAAAAAUCAAAAAAUGGCGGACACAAGUCAACCAGAGCUCUCCGAGCCACACACUAAUGGAGUCGUCGAUGGCCUGACAGAGGAAGAAAAGAGCAAGAUGAGGCCUGCCGAUAUCGACGCAGACAUGCGAGAGAUGGAGAGGAGAAAGAGAGUGGAGAUGAUGAUGAACUCAAGGCUCUUCAGAGAAGAACUAGAACGUAUUAUCGAAACACAAAUGAAGGACGGCUCAGGACCUUCUGGCCUUUUGCAACAAAUUUCAGAAAUGAUGGGUCCGCAGGGAGCUCGUUUCAACGCCAAUGUAUUCAAAAAUUCAAACUGUGUCGUGCCUAUCAACGAUAUUCGCGGUGUUGAAAGCAUGGGUUAUGCAAAAGGCGAAAAACUUUUGCGCUGCAAGCUCGCUGCAGUCUUCAGAUUAUUGGAUUUGUAUGGAUGGACGCAAGGAGUUGGUGGCCAAAUCACCGCACGUCUCAACCAAGACGAAGAACAUUUUUUGGUGAACCCAUACGGAUUGCUGUAUCACGAAGUCACGGCUUCCAGCUUAGUCAAGGUCGAUAUGCAGGGCGCGGUUGUGGAGCAAGGAACGACAAAUUUUGGGAUUCAUGUGACAGGAUUCCAACUGCACUCCACAAUACACGCUGCCAGACCAGACAUCAAGUGCAUCGUUCACAUCGCCACUCCGUCCGUCACAGCUGUCUCAUCCAUGAAAUGCGGUCUUCUUCCACUCGGUCAAGAAAGCAUAGUAAUAGGUGAUGUCAGCAAUCAUCAAUACAUGGGCGGUAUUUUCGAACCCGAAGAGAGAGAGAAGAUAUCGAGAAAUCUGGGCCCAAUCAACAAAGUCAUGCUCCUGACCAAUCGAGGUGCUAUUUGCUGUGGAGCGACAGUCGAGGAGGCAUUUUUCAACGUUUACAACACCGUGCUCGCCUGCGAAACCCAACUGAAAUUGAUGCCAGCUGGAUUAGACAACAUGAACCUCAUCUCCGAGGAAUCGAAGAAAGCUAUUUUCGAGGCUUCCAGAAAACCACUCAUUCCCCAACCCAGUUCAGUUGCUGAACCUUCUCCACUCGCGGAAAAGCUGGAGAAGCGAUGGCGAAUCGGUGGCACGGAAUUUGAGGCGCUCAUGCGAAUGCUUGAUAAUGCUGGAUUCCGCACAGGUUACAUCUACAGACAUCCACUCAUCAAGAGCGAACCUCCCAGGAUCCGCAAUGACGUUGAAGUACCUCCAGCCGUGUCCUCUCUUGGUUAUCUCUUAGAAGAGGAAGAACUUUACAAGCAAGGACUGUGGAAGGGUGGACGCAAAGGAACAGACAGAACUCGCUGGCUAAACUCACCAAAUGUUUAUCAGAAGGUUGAGAUUCUAGAAACUGGAACGCCAGAUCCCAAGAAGAUCACUAAGUGGGUGGAUCAGAACGCAGAGGAGUGGGUGACAGACGGAUCCCCGACCCAUAGCAGCACUCCAGUCCGGAUUGAAAGUGCCCUACAGUUCGUACCCAAGAACACAAAUCCAAAGGAAUUCAAGCAAUUACAGCAACAGAUUAAAGACUACCGAAGAGCAGACAAGAUCUCAGCUGGUCCACAGUCUCACAUUUUGGAAGGUGUCACGUGGGAGGAAGCAAAGAAAAUGCAGGAUGCUACAAUUAGUGGAACUGGAGAGCAAGUGGUUUUAGUAGGUGCAGCUAGCAAAGGCAUUAUCCAAAGAGGAUUCCAACACAACGCAAUGGUUUAUAAGACUCCAUACGCCAAAAAUCCAUUCGACGCUGUCACGGAUCAGGAACUAGAUCAGUAUAAGAAGGAUGUUGAGCGAAAACAAAAGGGAGACCCUUACGAUGAGUCGCAGUCAGAAUCUGAAGGAUUAUCAUCGUUUAAUGUUAGUCGAGCAACACACGAAUCUAGCACUGCCAAAAGCCCAAUCCAGUCUCCGGUUUCAGUCACUUCUGAAACAGAAGAAGAAAGCAGAGACGAACCUAGAGUAUUACGGAUAGCAACAAAACAAGUGCCUGUGCCCAGUCAACCAGAAGUCGUUCUAAGUGAUGACCAAUCUGUAGAACCAAAGGUUGUGGAAACUCCUCUUAUUCAACAAGCAAGAAUUCAAACACAACGCAUGCCUCAAAAUCUCCAACGCAUUACAGCAGUUGAUGCGACUACUGAAUUCCUUAAUGAGAUGCGGCGAACGGCGAUUGAACCAAGAAACAAUAUCAACAGACGAGGAGAGAAUACAGUGAAUGGAGAUCACUCAGACGCGCAUCACAGCACAUUUUCGCACAGUAGCAAGGAGGGUUCCAUGUCGCAGGAUGUCAGCGUUAGUGAAGAAUCUCCUAAAAAGGAAAAAAAGAAGAAGAAGGGACUGAGGACGCCAUCCUUCCUCAAGAAGAAGAAGGACAAGAAGAGGCCUGUUGAGGCGUAGGUAGUCUUCUCUUAGACACUGCCACAAAGAAAAGCUUACCAUAAGUAAACGUUGAAAGAACCGACCCGAAAUCGAAACGCGAGUUCAGAAUAAGGGAACAAAAAACGACGACGAGCGAACAAGGAAAUUGUUCGUGUAUCGCACGAAGCUACCGAGCAGAACAAUCGCAGCAUCUUUCCAGGACUCAAGACUGCCAUCGCAUUACGUCUACAAUAAGGAAAUUUUAUUCUAUUGUUAACGUUUUUACGUUUUUAAUUUGUUAAGCGUCGCGCGCUCUUUAUAUUGUAUUUAAACCCGAGCAACCCUGCUCUUUAUUAUUCUGCGAUGCAAAACAUGUCAUCGUCGUUGUGCUGUGCUUUUUUAAACACUCUCGGGAAAAUUGAUACGAAACGUUCCUUGUUGUAUGUGUUACGUGCUGCUGCCGCUGCUUGUUUUUGUAAAAAGUAAUCCGCGACUUUCGAAUAUUUUCACUCUCUUACCUACCUUGUCGAAUGUAAUUGUGGAUAGUGGAUUGUUUUUUAUUUUAACGAUUGUGUAUAUGUAAUUCAAGGCGCUCCAAGAAACUUUUAUUUCUCUACUUUAAGAAACUCUACAAUAAGAAGAAGAAGAAGAAGAAGAAGAAGAAGGUCCUUAAGCUAUUAUAGUUAUAUUAAUAAAUGAAGCGAGCUCGUGAGAACGCGUCGUCUCAUAAGUUUCGAUCGUUUUACUUAUACGGAGAGAAAGUUUAUUGCGAUUGGGAUUCGCCAUGAAAAUUUCUACGAUUAGUCUUGAAAACUUUUCCUCAAAGGUGAUGAUUCUUCUCUAGAUCCUCCGUACCUGAUAUUUAAUCGGAAGGGCGAGGCGAAUAGCCGACUUUUUUAAAGAAAAAAGAAAUGAAAUUAUAUAUAGAUUCGCGAAAUCGUCGUAACGAAUUGUCGCUUGUUAUCUUUGCAUAUUGUUCUCUCUCUGUCUCUCUCUCUCUCUCUCUCUCUCUCUCUCUCUCUCUCUUCCGCUUUACGAAAUGGCCUACGAAGAUUUAGGGCGCGUCCUUUGUCGCUUUUAGAAAAUUAAUUGACGAAGCAAAUGCUUAAUCAAAGUAGUGAAAAAA